UACGUCAGGUGGCCCAUACAGAGUGACCAAAAAAGAAAAACAAAUUAAGAAAAUUGCCACUGCCAGCUCACCUGCCUUAAAUUUUCCUUUUCUAUUAUGUGCACGCAAUAUUUAAUCAAAGUGGAGGGAUUCGAUUAAGUUUCUCAGCGUGACCACGUCGCCGCGCCUCCGCUCCGCUAUUAUUAUGUUUUCAUGCCUUCCAAGUAAACAUACCUAAUUAGCCUUUUAUUAUUUUAGUUAUAUUUGCUUUUAACUGAUUAUGUGCCUUCGAAUAUACUAACCAUGUCCGAGGAAUCUCCAAAGAAGAUCGAGGAGGGACACGGAAAUACCGUGGCUCCCGAGCCCGAACCGGUUCCAAAAACUUGGGUAAAAUUCGACGAUGAGACUGAAGUGAAGCCUCAAACCAGCACCCCCGAUAUUAGUCCCAUAAAACUUGAUAAACCACCUCAAAAAGUAUUAAACAAACCUAAAGAGAGGGCUGCAGAUGAUUCUCCGGCAGUUAUCAGUACAGAGAGUGUGCAAGUUAACUUAGAAAGGAGCCUCAGUAGGUCUAUGAAUGAGAGCACAACUGGUAAUGUGGCUGUGUUAGAUCCAAAGCCAUUGAGGAAUGUUGAGCUGCCUGUAGCUACUGUUGAGCCUAUAAGACAGGGCUUUGCAAAUGGUGAUAUAAUUGUAACUCUUCUGCCUGUGAAUUCUCGUUUUCCAUGGGUAACCCCAGCAGUAUUCCGUCCAGAAUUAGUACCUGAGGAACUUAUGGCCCAAGGUCUAACGCUCACAGUCGAAGAAUAUGUCCAAGCCAUGGAGCUUCUAGUAAAUGAUGUACGCUUCACGAUGUACAAUGUAUGCUACAAAAGAAUCCUGGUGGUCUGGAUCACUUUAGCCUUCAUAGUAUUACUUGGCCUGUUGUUUUCUGGCACGAAUGGCCUCACCCUUUUCGGACUUGGCAUCGGUUGGCUCGUCCUUAAUGCUGCAGCAGUAUUUUUGUCCAUGUAUUUAAAGUUUAAGUUGCAAAGAAACCUUGAGAGAUGUUUGGCUCAAGUAAACAAACAACUGCUCAGGCACAAAGUGGCGCUAGCCUUAGAUGACAGAGGCAAGAUAUCCUGUCAUAAAGUGAACUUGUGCUUCAUGUAUAUGGACUCUGCCCCUUGUAUAGCUCAUUUGCAAAGUAGCAUAGAGCAACAGGAACGAGAUCCGGCCAGCGGGUGGGAGCAAAGAAUGGAUAUAACCGCUAGUGAUAUUGUCAUACAAGGGAGCAGGACCACUAGGUUAUCUAGGAAACAGGAACGAGCCGCCCUACUCUACCUCCGCUACAUCUCGAGGUGGGGUCGGGACAGGGUAAGAGGACUUUUGCAAAGUCCACCGUCAGCAGGGGGGCGCCACUGCGCCACACUCACUUGCCCCUGUCAAUAUAUCGAGGAACACUUGCAAUGCAAGCCGGAAGGUUCCUGCUGUCUGUACUUCUCUGAUGAAAAUGUCCGAUCAGAGUUCUUUUGGGCAAUGAACCUCUCAAGGCUACCUGGUUAAAAAAAAACACUAUUUAAAAAAAUAUAUAUUACACAAAAUAACACUGAAUUUGUGGUUUAUACAAUAGUCACUGUAUUAUUUAAAUAUAGAUAUUGUAAUCAUUAGAGUGAAUGUACCAGUACCUACUUUAACAUCAGACAUAAAAUUAUCUGUUAAAUUAUUUUCUAAAUGCAUAAGUGUCUGAUUUUCAUUCUAAUAAAUCAUACCAUAAGACAGGGUGCUUCAAAUAAUUCUAGCAAAUUUAAGCGACAUUAAUUGAGCAAACUUCCAACCUACCCAUUUCCUUCAAAUUUCCGAAAAAUUAGUACAUUUAACCCAUUCACGGACAUGUCUACAUAUGCUGACAGACGUGCAGGGACACGCCUACAUAUGAAGACGCAAUUUGAUCGUCCCCAGAGGACAAGUCUUCAAUUGCAGUCGUUAUUAGCGUGUACUAAGGUUUAGAAAGAUCUGUUGUGUCCCACUUAAUAUUGUAUUGUAUUGUAAAUUGUAUUUACAUAUGGUUUUGGCCAGUUUCAAUCUGGAGUUGGUGGUGAUACAAUAUAAUACUAACAUUGAAAAGUAGUGCAUACAAUAAAUAACUAGGGCACAGUAUAAUAUUUUGUUUUUACACGUUUUUGCUUAUGUAGCUGCAGCUGUGUAGCCCGAAAAUUCGUUGUGUGGUAGUUAGGUUAGGUUCAAAAAUUUUUUAUGUGUAUAGAUUUUGGUAACCAAAACAGAUAAAAAAACAUCUCAUUGCAUGAGCCCCUCCUCGCCAGAAAAUCUAGGCAAGUACAUACUGUGAAUGGACAUUCUGUAUUAUAUUAGCUACUUAUCUCGGCAGUACCAGUAAAUAAAACGAAAAAGAAGAAGCUAGGCUGUUGAAGUUUUAUGAUGAGGUCGAGACUGCUGAAUCAGCAUCGUCUAGUUCGGAUGAGGCUAGUCAACAAAGUGAUGACGAUCCUUAUCAUAACUCUGAAAGUGGGGAUGAAGACUAUGUUCCAUCAAAUAAUAGCUCUGAUGAAACUCAAGAAAGUACCGCUUCUGAGAACGAGGAUAUCAGUUCAGCAUCGAAUGACGCAGAACCUUCGUUACCAUCGCCAAGCUCUAAUCAGUCAGACAGCGAUAAGGAAUGGCACAGCGACGUUGAAGACAUUCCGGAUUUCAACUUUGACAACGCAAAUGCUGAGAUCAAAUUAAGAAUUGAUCAUGUACCAUCACCGCUGGAAGUUUUCAAAACUUUGUGGGAUGAUGAAGUGAUGGAUCUUUUGACAUCAUGCACUAAUGAGUAUGGGAAAAAAAUGGAAACGACCAACAGACCCUAUGCAAGGUAUGCGCGAAUGGCAUCAUUUCCGAACACCAAUUUUGAAGAAAUGUGUAAGUUUUUUGGAUUGUCACUUCUUCAAGCCUAAGUACGUUUUCCAACUCUGCGAAAAAUAUUCUCCUUGGAUCCCCUUUACUAUCAUCCCAUAUUUUCCAACGUAAUGACUAGAAGGAGGUAUGAGCAAUUACUACGGGCGUUCAACUGCACCAAGAAAAAAGGAAAUGUUGAUCGUCUCAAUAAAGUUACUUCUCUGCUACAAAUUUUGAUACGCAAUUAUCAAAAAGCCUUUUCCCCGGAAGAAGCAUUAGCACUGGAUGAGUCGCUUUUAUUGCACCGAGGCACAUUGAGCUUUAGGCAAUAUAUAAAAAAUAAACGUGUCAAAUAUGGAAUUAAAUUCUUUGAAUUAUGCUCUCCAAAUGGGUACAAUCAUAACAUUGAAAUAUAUAAAGGAAAACAGGACGAUGGAGAAGUUCCAAGCUACAGGCAUUGGUAUUCAGACUAACGCAGGCAUUUUUAGAUAAAGGUCAUCACUUGAUAAUGGACAAUUAUUAUGAUAGCGUGGGGUUGUCCAAAAUUCUCCUUCGUAGAAAAACUCACACGACAGGUACUUUGAGAUCAAAUCGAAAACAAAACCCAAAAGUAGUUACGACAAAAAAACUCAAAAGAGGCGACCAUAUUUGGAAAAGAAAUGGUAUGUCAGCAAAUGGAAGGACAAGCGCGAUGUUUUGUGAAUUACUACCAAAUUUCACCCAACGAUGAUAGAGGUUUCGAAUUCUUAUGGGAAAAAACUACGAAAGCCAAAAGAAAUUCACGAAUAUAACAUGAAUAUGUCAGGGGUAGACAGAUGUGAUCAGUUUACUUCCUAUUAUAGCUGCCCCAGAAAAUCAAUCAGAUGGUACAAAAAGGUGAUAUUUUAUCUGUUAGAUGUUACAGUUAUAAAUAGUUUCUUGCUGUAUCGAGAUAUCACAAAAACAAAUUUACUUCAAUUUCGGGAAAGUAUCAUUAGUGGAUUACUUGGGAUUCCAAACAAUUUGAGAGACGGAAGAAAACUGGUGAACCAAGGUGCAGCAAAAGCUGCAAAAGUUUCAGUCCCUGCGGCACACGUUACAGCUGAGGAGACAAUUGUACCUGAAGUUCUACAUGUCUUAGAAAAAAUACCAGUCCCGCCCAACUCUAAACGCAAAAGUCAUUUCCUGCGAUGCCGGGAGUGUUCUAAGCAUAACAAACGCGGGCAAACAUCAUGGAGAUGUAAGGUUUGCGAAACGCAUCCCCCAUUGUGUGUUGGGCUAUGCUUUGAAAAUUUUCAUUCCAAUAAAUGAAUUUUGGUUUUUGUAAUACCUAUGUUAUAAGCAUAUGAAUUAUUAUUUUUGUAGUUUCUUACUUUUGUGACUAAAAACUUUUAUUUUUAUACAUGAUAUAUUAUUUCGUAGUACCUAUGCAACCUUUCAAUAAAUAUAUUGUCUGCAUAAUAAUAAUAAGCCUUUAUUUCCAACAGGCAACUUGCCCAAUAACAGGAAACAGUUGCAAAACAAUGAAAAAUAUAGUUAAAAAAAAACACACACAAACAAACCUAAAAGAAUGAAAAGAAAAGUGAAAAGAAAAAAAGUGGUCUUGUCCCUAUAUAACGCAAUUUGUUAUCCAAAGGGACAGGUCUGCAAUAGCAGUCUGGCUGUUUCUUUACGAAAAAACACCACAAACAAAAAAAUUCUAACUGACAUAUAAUUUAUGACCUUAAAACAUGCCGAUUGUAAAAAAAAAUGUCCCAGGAAGACCCCAAAAAAUUUUGUUUUGUCCGCGAAUGGGUUAGACAAAAAGAUAAAGAGUAGCAGAAAACUGAUUCUGUUUUAGUGAAAAAAUAUGACUGCUUUUUUAUAUUGUUUUUUAUUUAAUCAUUUAACUUAAUAUACUAUUAUUGUUUAUUUAGUUGCUCUACUAUUAUUAUUGAAAUUUUAAAAUGCAAUGUCAGUUCUAGCCCUGAAGAUUUAAAUAAAGGCUGAAACAUAGACAUUUUUUCUGGAACAAAAUCAGUUUUAUUUGAGGACGUCAACUCGCUAUACUUCUGAAAAAUUAAAUUUAGGAUCCUUACAUGCUAGAGGUUUUUCCACCUGCCACAAUGGUUAGUUUAGCAACUUUUCUGAAAAUCACACCUCAAAUUAUAUGCAAAGAAUAUGUGUAACUUUACCAGAAAUAUAAUUCCAAUGACGGAAGGAGCAAAUUUUCAUGUGGAUAUUUUUUGUCCAAAAAAAACAUAAUAUAUUUUGACAUUUAGUUGUACCUGAAACUAUGAGAAAGGAAUUAAAAUUUGCAUAAUUCUAACUCAACUCAUCCCAACUACAAAAAAGCUUGAGAAAAUGAAUUUUUGAGAAUCUAUAUUACUAUAGAAAAUUUACUUAUUAUUGUAAAAUUACAUUAUAGGAAUGUUUCUGCACAUUUUAGUGUCAAAACUAGACCCUGCUUUACCAUAAUUUUAAGUGUGGUUCUCAGAAAAGUUGGGUUGGGUUUAUAGUUACAGGUUCAAAUUAAUUUUUUUUUUGGGAAAAAAAUCCACUUGAAAAUUCUCUACUCUGCCAUUGAAAUAUUGUUUUCAGUAAAAUUACACACAUUUUAAGCCUUUGCCUAUAAUUUUAGGUGCAAUUUUCAGAAAAGGUGCUAAAAUGAACCUUUACCAAAUUUACUCACACAUUGUGAAUGAUGUUCUCUGUAUAUUAUUAAUUUAAAUAAAUCUCUUCACAGAGUUACACUCAUGUGAGAUGUACUUUUGAGGCACCCUGUCUCUUUUAAAAUAUUUUCAAAACUUCCAUUUAUAUUUGAAAUGUUUGGAACAUAAUUGUAAUUUUGUUGAAUUGAUUAUGCAUACCUAAACUAAUGGCUAGAGAAAACCUAAUAAUCAACUUUUGAAAUCAGUAAUAAGCAGACACCUUUAAAGAAAAUAGAGUCAAAUAGAUUAAAAACAAAUAUGCAUUGGUACAUUUACCUUAUUCCAUCUUUAGUUUAACUACCUAGAUAAUAUAUUUACAUACAACAUAUAAAUACUAGUAACAUUU